AGCCGUUAAGGGCUUUAAUAAAAUACACUAGUCGAAAAUACUUCCUACACACAGAGAGUAAAGGUAAUUUAGUUUUUCGACAAGGGCUUUUCCUGGUGAAUGAAAAUCACGUGUGAUCAUGUGCUAAUUUUUGAACUGAUUCAAGCUGACUUUCCAAAUUAGGGAAACCAGUGUCGUACAAAGCACAAGCGUAAUCUAAUUUAGUCAAUAUGCAGGUUUUAUAAAUUUGUUGACUGAUUGAAGAGGGUGCAUCUUUAAAUUGUCUGUACAUGGCGCCUAGUCGUUUUCUACAAUUUAGUAUAAUAUCUACGAUACGUUCGCGCCAUCUCAGAUUAGAAUUGACUUUAAGGCCUAGGAGUUUAAGGGAAGGUUGGUGUGUUAUGGUUCUACCAUCACUCAGUGUCAACUGUAAAUUAUUGGCUCUACUUGAUAUAUUAGAGAUAAACAUCCAGGAACACUUAUUUGCGUUUAAAGAGGUCAGAUUUGAGGUAUACCAGUUACAUAUUUUCUCAAUAUUCUCUUGACAUACAAUUGGCAUAUCAGACGAGGCCAUUGUACGAUACGAUGCUUUUCUUUCCUCUCUUUUAGAAGUAAUGAAAGCAAAAGUAAAUGAAUUACGAUCGAAAAUAUGGAUGGUUGCUAGUCUUAGUGCAGGAAUUGCUGCUGUCCCA